UUGAAUAUCUAAUUUUGUUUAAUCUUUCGCUCUAGAGCGAGAAACACUUUUAAAGCAAGACAUCAUACGAGAAUUUAUUGUGAAAAUGUGGAAUGUACGUUAUGAAGGGGACGGAUACACUUUGUCCGAAGACGAUAACAACAGCCAGUCAUCAACUUACGUGAUACCAUGGACUGACAAGGUUUUCCGCCGGUCGUCUAACUCUGUCUAUAACUUACCAGACGAGAGAGUAGUAAGUGAUGGAGAGCUUCACGACGUCAGAGAUGAUUGGGAGCUACAUGACGUAAGAGACGUUAACGACACGGACGCAUACUCUUGGAUCAAUGUUGACGACACUCCAAAGCUAUCAUCUGUGAAAUCGGUGCCAGUGCCGAGUGUAUACACAGACGUUUACAGUACGUCUUCAUUGAAACAAAACCAGUCGUUUCGUGAUGGGGGAGAAAUUACGACAACCACAGACAGACGUAACAUGGACAAUGAUAAAAAGAUAAAAGAAUUUGAUACGAGUCUGAUAUAUGGUAAUCAUUGCUCCAUUUUCCUAGCGUGCCUUGUAAGAAUGAUGCUGAUUGGUCACAAUGUCCUGAUAGUGUGGCGCGUGACAGUUGACUACAAGGACACUAUGUAUUGGCUCUUUACGGUCGCAAAUUUCUUUCUUAUAUUUGAGUGUGUCAUCGUAAUAAUAAGAAAUGCCGGCAAGGAGUAUUCAUGGUGGUCACCAUGCCUCCUUAUAUACAUUGCUUCAACAAUACCUGCAGUUUGGCUUCUUCAGUUAAAUCAGUAUCAUAAUUUUACCAAUGCAGACAAAGAGACCUCAUCAACAUCGUGUUCGGAUAAUGCGAAACUUACCCCUGCACAGCAGGACCUGUGUAAACCGGAUAUUGAUGUAUGGGUGAUUAUCCUUGCGGAAACACUGGUGAUAAUGAUACUGUUCAGUCGAUGGCUCCUACCACGUGGUAAAGUCUCGCGGGACCACUUGGCUGAUCUCCUUCUCGAGUUCCUCGCCAUUGCCUCGGACAUCAUGGAGUUGCUCGCCGUCUUGGACGAAGACCAAGUUCGAAGAGACUUGAAACUUACAUACACUAUAAUGGCCGUGUGGUCAGCGAGUCUCAUUCAAUUUAUUUUCAUUUUUAUGCGGAGGAAUCGCUAUCGGAAGGUUCACAAUGUUGAGUUCCUGGCUCGAUAUUGUGGGGGUAAUAUUGUAGAAGUACUUGCAAUAUGUAUGAGCAUAUUUCUACAAGAUUUACCUUUCCUUGUGUUGAGGCUCUACAUCAUCAUAGAGGUGGAGCUGAUUACAUACAGUCUGAUAUUCUUCUUGCUGAAGAACAUUGUAACACUUCUGUUCUUGUUCUACAGACUAACAAUACUGUGCUGCUGUCAGGACUGCAAGGGCAAACCUGCUUAG